CUCUCUCGUUUCUCUCUCCAAGUUCUAACACCGUCCUCUUUCUUGCUUUCUUCAACAAGUAAACCGACAGAAUUCCCAUUACUUUAUAAUCCCCAUGUACACAUAUGCAUCGAAUUAAAACCCCUCUGUGUGAACAUAAUCUCCACUACCUUCAUAGUCGGCUUCUGAGAUCUAUAUUUGAUGGGGUUUUGGUGCAUAUCACAUCUCACAUAAGAAAUUGCAAAAACACAGGUUUUAACUGUGCCAAAAAGGAAAAAAUUAAGUUAAAGAAAAUAAAAUUAUUAGAAAGGUGCAUCGUGGAUGAAUGAUCAAGAUUGUCUCAAAGGCAACACUAUUUUAAUGGCGGCUCGUCAAGUUCGAAUUGUGAACCGUGAACCGGUCCACAUAUAUAUAUAGCCGUUGCUCUCAGAAGAGUCUUCACAAUUUGUCAAAAGCUCGAUCCGGGUCAUCCUUAAAAUUCUCUCUCCGUCGAUCAAAACUUCACAUCGAAAGAAAAUAAAAAGAGCUAAGAGCGGCUGGGUUUUACAUGUGCUUACUGAAGGUGGCGAACCAAAGGAGCUCAGGAGGCGGCGGUCAAUACGACAGGUUUGACUCUCCAAACGACGCUAGCGAUGUUGAUGCAAAUAUUAAUAAUAUUAACUACGGCGGAGGAUUGGAGUUGCCGCCGCCGUAUCAACAACAAGAAGGACAACAACAUGUUUCGACUUCGACGCCGACAAUGUUUUUGGGGUACGGUCGGGCGGCUACGGAGAUGUCGGCGAUGGUGUCGGCUUUGACGCAUGUCGUUUCGGGACAGAGAGGCAGCGAUAGCUGGGGGCAUAUUGGAAGCGGUGGAGUUACGUCUAGUCUAGGCCAACUUUAUUCUUCUGCAUCUUCAUCUUCUGCUUCUCCUUUGUCAGCUGCUUUUCCUUCAAGUGCUUCUGGUUCUCACUAUUGGGUCGGUCAAAAGAGAGGGCGCGAAGAAGAUUUUGCUUCUGCUUCUGCUCAAAGCCAAUUCAUGGAAUCUGGUAAUAGAGCAUUUAGAGGUGGCUAUAGGGAUUACAGAGGAACACAAUCAGAGUCUUCAUCUGGUGGUGCAACGGCGACAGAAGAAACUACAAAUUUUGCCACCACCCACACCACCACGACGGCCACCGUAUCUGCUACCACAGCAGUACCAACCACACCAUCAAGUGCAGAAUCUGUUUCAUUUGGAGAAACUGGCGAGAGGAGGAGGAGAUACAGGGGAGUUAGACAGAGGCCGUGGGGUAAAUGGGCAGCUGAGAUACGCGAUCCACACAAAGCUGCAAGAGUCUGGCUCGGCACAUUCGACACGGCCGAAGCCGCCGCCCGAGCCUAUGAUGAAGCUGCUCUAAGAUUCAGAGGAAACAGAGCUAAAUUAAACUUCCCAGAAAACGUCAGACUCAUCCAACCACCAGCAGCUGUCCAAACAUUCAAUUCAAAUUCUAGACCAACACAAUCAGCUCAGCCGUUGCAGCCGCCGCCUCCGCCGCUACAACCGCCACAACAGCAACUCUAUCACCCUCAGCAAGCUUUUCAUCCCUCCUCUGACCUCAUCCGAGAUUACUUUGACUACUCUCAGCUCCUUCAAAACUCCGCCGACUCAAAUUUACUGGAACAGAUGUACUACUACAAUUCCCAAUUGGCGUCACUUCAAUCUUCUUUGCUACAACCUACAACGUCAUCCACUCCAUCUUCUGCAUUGCCAUCCUCGGCCUCCUCUUCUUCAUUUCCUCUGUUUUUCUCUGAGCAGAAUCAGCAACAGGGUUUUUUCCUGCAGCCACAGGAUCCGAAUCAGGGCGGUUCGUCUGAUUUCCAGGCACCAUCUUGGUCACAUUCCAGCAACAAUCCAUCCUCAUCCGGUUGAUACUUUCAUGAAUACUUUUUUUUUUUUUCCUUUCCUUCCUUUAUUUUAUUAAUUUAGAAUAUUUUUCUUGUUGCUAGGUUUUGAUUUUAAUAUCAUAAAUACACCAUGUAUUUUGCACGUUGCAUUUUUGUUUUAUUUAUUAAUUAUUAUUUGGAUUUUUAUGUCA